GUUGGGGGCGAGAGAGAAAGUAACUCCAGGACGAGACCGGAGCGACCCGCGCAGCGAGCAGAGGCGGCAAGGCUGCGCCCGGCGCCCGAGACCAGCGGCUGCGCGGGGCGGGGGCUGCGCCCGAGUCCGAUCCGCCGCUCCGGCUCCGAGUGGUCUCGGGGAAAGGGUCGUUGUCCAGCACAGAUGCGUUUGUCGGAGGGAGCAGUGGAGGUUCGCGGCAAGGCGUACAGCCUGGGGCUUCCAGUGAUACUCUGGGCAGCGAUGGAAGCCUAGAUGCCUCACCGCAAGGAGCGGCCGAGCGGGUCCUCGCUUCACGCCCACGGCAGCACUGGCACCGCGGAGGGAGGAAGCAUGUCUCGGUUGUCUCUCACCCGGUCGCCUGUGUCUCCCCUGGCCGCCCAGGGGAUCCCACUGCCAGCCCAGCUCACUAAGUCCAACGCGCCUGUGCACAUCGACGUGGGCGGCCACAUGUACACCAGCAGCCUGGCCACGCUCACCAAGUACCCUGACUCCAGAAUAAGCCGCCUCUUCAAUGGCACCGAGCCCAUCGUCCUGGACAGUUUGAAGCAACAUUAUUUCAUCGACCGGGAUGGGGAGAUUUUCCGCUAUGUCCUGAGCUUCCUGCGGACGUCGAAACUGCUGCUCCCAGAUGACUUCAAGCCUCCGGGUCUAUCCAGAGGCUUCUCUCUGCUUCAGGGGGAUGAAGCCACCCCCAGUGCUGGGGCCGGAUGGAAGAGCUCAGGGGGUCUUGGGACAGGUGCACACCAGCUGCUGCCUGGAUGGAGGACUUCAGCCUGCUGUACGAGGAGGCGCGCUACUACCAGCUGCAGCCCAUGGUGCGCGAGCUGGAGCGCUGGCAGCAGGAACAGGAGCAGCGGCGCCGCAGCCGGGCCUGCGACUGCCUGGUGGUGCGCGUCACGCCGGACCUGGGUGAGCGGAUCGCGCUCAGCGGCGAGAAGGCUCUCAUCGAGGAGGUCUUCCCCGAGACCGGGGACGUCAUGUGCAACUCGGUCAACGCCGGCUGGAACCAGGACCCCACGCACGUCAUCCGCUUCCCGCUCAACGGCUACUGCCGGCUCAACUCGGUGCAGGUCCUGGAGAGGCUGUUCCAGAGGGGUUUCAGCAUGGCUGCGUCCUGCGGGGGUGGCGUGGACUCCUCCCAGUUCAGCGAAUACGUGCUUUGCCGGGAGGAGCGGCGGCCGCAGCCCACCCCCACUGCUGUGCGAAUAAAGCAGGAGCCCCUGGACUAGGCCCUGCCUCAGCGCCCACCUGAGGCCUCUGGGCCCUGGGGACACCCCAGGGACCAGGAAACAGUGCUGGAGAGUUCUGCCUAUGCCUGCUUAGCGGUGGCCAUGAGACUGAGGGUGGGGCUGGAGGGUCCAAAGCCUGCCCAGAGAGCCCCAAGGCCCCACGUGUCAUGGCAACAGAAUGUGGGAUGCUGGAGGCACGUCCACUGAAGGACUGUUGAUGUGACCCAAAGAUGCCGAGGUGGGAGAACUCGGCCACCAGUUGUCUGGGCCCCUCGGCUCCCAGUCCGGUCCUCGCGGCGCCACACGUGCCGAGGCAGGGUCAGCAGAGGCCUCCCCAGUGCACUCCGAGGAGCUGUCCAUCCUUCGCCACGCGGCAGACUCCAGUGGGUCUCCUUGCGUCAGAGAUGGCUUAUUUUUCUACAGUAUUUAAGACGGAAGUAACUGUCAGUGCACAAGUCAGAGAGGCCGACAAAGACCAAUGCUUCCUUAUCUGGUGCUCAGCUCAGUCGGACUCACAGCAUGUCUGCAUGGGGGGUGGAAGAGCUGCCGGACACUCGGGCCCAGGUGCCCGCAGAGCAGGGCUUGGAGACUUCUGGUCCCUGCUCUAGGGGCAGAUGCAGGGAUGGCAGUGCCACAGGGGCUGAAACUGGGCUCCCACGGGGUGGGGCUGCUGGGAGGAGGGUGGUACAGGCGUGGGGGAUGGAUAGCUGUGGAACCACUUGAGACCCUACCUUUGCUGCCGCCUGGGGCACAGGCCACACUUGAGAACCACCUGACCAACUAAUGCCCAGGGCCUUCGAUUCCUAUCUGUGCGUGCGCACACCUGGGCUCCCAGAGAAGUCAUCUCCCCAUCAGGACCAGCCAUGGGGCCACACCACAUCCUUACCUCAGGAAUGGGCCCCACGGUGAAGGGGCCCAUCUGUCAGCAGCAUCCUCUGGGUCCCCAGCUCAGGAAGCCGUCCCCCACUCUGAUUUUCCCACACUCAUAUGCACACUGAAUUUUAAUUAGACUGUUGUUACACUAGCUUGCCAGUAAGACCCGGACAGAGUCAUACCUUGGGUUCUUGGCCCCGGAUUCCAACGAGGACUGCCUCUGAGGGGUCCUCACAGACCUGCUGCCUCUCAGACGACACGUCCAAAGAUGGAUACCGCCUGCCUUGUCACAGUUCCCCUCCCCUCCCGAGAUGGCUCUUUUCCCGGGUUGGAGAAACCGCAAAGAACUGCUGGGUGGGCGGGGCGUGCCGGCCAGCACUGCCCCUUGUACGAUGCCUGUAGACUUGUAUAUGACUCCUUUAAUAUUGUAAAGAUGCUGAUGUACAAUUGUCGCGUGUUUGUGUAAACACAUUAUGUUCCUAGUUCAUGCCAUAAAUGAUGCUAUAAAAGCGAAAGACUGAGGCUCCAUCCUGUGCAGAAGCGGCAGCCAGAUUCCAGCAUUCCAUGCUGCGCAGGGAGGUUUGGGGAUGGGAUGCCUCCCUCGGUUCCUUCAGUUCAGAUGGGGAAGAACCAGCAGCGGUAACUGGGGGAGGGGCACGGACAAGGGUCCUGAGCUUGCUGUUGUUUAUCGCAUGUGGGUGUUUCCUCACUGCUGUGCCUGUUCCCCGCUGGGCAGCACAGAUUCUGAAUUCUGAUUCACAGCCCCUAACCAGAUGCAAGCUGGGGAAAGGCAGACCCAAAGUGUCCAGGGGCUUUUGAACCCAGUCUUCAAUGUUUGUGAUUUUUCCCUCCCUCUGGUUUUUUGGUUGAGGUUGACGUCCUCUUCAGAGCCCCGCAGAGCAAUAGGAGAAGGUGGCAGGCAGUCCAUGCGUGGCUCAGGCCAGCCAGGGGACACGCAGCCCUGCGCAUGAGGACGGGUCACCCUAGCUCAGCACAAGACCUCAAUGCGUCUCUUUCCGAGGAGUUUGGAUGUACUUACGCAGGCCUCCAAUUUUAAUGAGACUUUUUGUAUAUUUCCUCAAAGUCCUUAUGUUCUAACUGGCCAGGACCCUUUCCCAUGCCAGUAAGGGCCACCAGCCUCUCCCUGCCUGGGGGACGGGCCACAGCCAUGCGCUGUCUGAGGCCGCAAAGCGGUCGCCAUCCCACACUGUACAAUCGAAUUUGCUGGACAGACUUGCCAGCCUUCUCCUUUGCUCAGCAACAUGCCUACAGUUGGCACAUGGGCAUUUUGGCAUCUGAGGUUCACAUCUGAGAGGAGGAGAAAGUGUUGUGUUUAUUAGAAAGGAAGUCUUGUGGAAACAGCUCAGUGCCGCGUGUGUUUAUGGAUUUUUAUAGUAUGAUAGCCUGCAUGGCUGCCGGUUGGUGGAGAGUCCCUAACAUUUUCAAGCAAACUAUCAUUUUGAUUAAACCAUUGUGCUAAAAAAAAAAAAA